AUGAAUUUGCUGUCUUACAACAUUAGGGGCUUGGGGAGUGUCGCGAAACAGAGAGAUGUUACUGAUUUGGUGAAAGGGCAGAAGAUCGAUUUUUGUUGGUUACAAGAGACAAAGAUGGAGGUUUUCCGUGAUUGUUUCUGUAAUUCUUGGUGGGGGUUUAACAACACAGAUAGGGCGAUUAGGAAUUCGGAGGGGAGGGCUGGAGGAAUUGUGUGCUUGUGGAAUAGGGAGGUUUUCGAAGCUUCUAGUACGUGGGAUUUACCGGGGGCUGUGGUGGUGAAUGGAAGGUACAAAGAGGGCGAUCAAUCUUGCUGCUUCAUCAAUGUGUACGCCCCGGUUGGAUCAGGGGACAAGAGGAUCCUUUGGAAUGCCAUUAGUACAAUUGUGGAACAAAAUCCGGAUAGAUGUGUGUGUGUCUUGGGCGAUUUCAAUUCAGUUAGGAGAAGGGAAGAGCGAAUGGGCAGCGGGGAGGCGUUUGGAACGGCGGAUGCGCGGCUUUUUGAGGAGUUUAUUCGGGAGAACGAUCUGGAGGAAAUCAAAACUCAAGGCCGGAAGUUCACUUGGCACAAACCCAAUGGAAAAUGCAAGAGUAAGAUUGAUCGUUUCCUCGUUAACGGAAAAUGGUUGGCUACUUGGGAAGGGACUUCAGCACGUGGACUCCAACGCUCAAUUUCGGAUCAUUGCCCGAUUGUUCUUACCACCUGA